AUGGAGAUGCUCUUGUUUCUGAACGAAUCAUACAUCUUUCAUAGACUUCGUAUGUGGAGUAUUGUAUUAUGGCACUCAUGUGUAUUCGUAUGCGCAGAAUGUGGGAAUGCCAAUUAUAGGGUGCCGAGGUGCCUUAUAAAACCCUUUUCUGUGCCUGUGACAUUUCCUUUUUCGGUCAAAAAGAAUAUCCGAAUUUUAGAUUUGGACCCUCGUACAGAAGCUUAUUGUUAA